GCACAGGUAAUGCGGAUAGCCUUGCGAGAAGUCCAACUUCUCAAGGCGGUCAACCAUCCCAACAUCAUAAAGCUACAGUGCGCUUUCAGGACGCCGUCAGGACGGGUGUGCAUGGCCUUCGAGUACGGCGGCAAAUCAGCCCACCAACUCCGGGAGACGCGCUUCCCCCACGGCAUCCCCGAACAGCUCCUUCAGCGCUUUGCCUUUCAACUGGUACAAGCGCUCCGAUAUCUGCACUUGCAAAAGAUUGUUCAUCGGGAUGUCAAGCCCGCAAAUGUACUCGUGGAUGCCGCUGGUGUACUGAGGCUCUGCGACUUUGGCUUCGCCAGACAUCUGCCCGCCGCGGACGGCUACAUCAGCGGCGGUGCCGACAGCAACGUCGACGUGCCGCUGACGCCGUACGUCAUCACGCGCUGGUACCGCUCCCCCGAGGUGCUGUUAGGCAUGAAGUACGGCACUCCGACAGACAUCUGGUCCCUGGGAUGCACCUUGGCGGAGUUGGCUAUAGGGGAGCCGCUGGUCCCGGGGACCUCCUCCCUGGACCAGAUCGGCCGCAUCACGGCGCUCCUGGGCCCUUUGCCGACACACAUGACCGCCCGCGUCGCCCACGCACUCAAGCACGGUGGCGCCGCCGCUGCGCCGGCGGGGUCUACCGUUGCCGCCGCCGCCGCCGGCAAUGAUACCCCGCUGCGACGCCGGCUAGGCGCCCGGCUGGUUCCGGAGCUGGUGGAUCUGGUAGAGGCUUGUCUGCGCAUUGACCCACGGGACCGUCCGACGGCGGAGCAGCUGCUGAGCAUGCCGUACUUU